CUAGAGAGAGAAAGUGCUUGGUAGAGAGAGAGGGGCAAGGCAACAACUCUCGACAUAUAAUUAGAGCUGAACUACUCUCAAAACAGAGAGAAGCUAAGAGCCCUGAGCCCAAGUGCUAUCAAAACAGAGAGAAGCUAAGAGCCCUGAGCCCAAGUGCUAUCAAAACAGAGAGAAGCUAAGAGCCCUGAGCCCAAGUGCUAUCAAAACAGAGAGAAGCUAAGAGCCCUGAGCCCAAGUGCUAUCAAAACAGAGAGAAGCUAAGAGCCCUGAGCCCAAGUGCUAUCAAAACAGAGAGAAGCUAAGAGCCCUGAAUCUCAACAACAAUAGCAUAGUAGAGAGAGAAUGGAGUGGGUUAAGGGCCCGGCGAUCGGCCGAGGCUCCUCCGCCACAAUCUACUUGGCGAAAUCCAAACCGUCAAACGCCCUCUUUGCCGUGAAAUCGAUGGGCGCAGCUCGCUCUGCCGGACUCCAGCGCGAGAGCGCCAUCCUCUCCUCCAUUCGCCACCCGUGCAUCGUAGCGCACCUUGGGUCCUGCACGACCCUGGGCGGCAACGACGAGCCCACCUUCAACCUCUUCAUGGAGUACAUGGCUCACGGCACGCUAGCCCACCUUGUGAGGGCUCGAGCCAUGACUGAGCCUGUCAUUCGGCGAUAUGCGGGAACCGUGCUCAAGGGCCUGCACCACCUCCACACGCUGGGGCUCGUGCAUGGUGACAUCAAGGGGGAGAACAUUUUGUUGGGUCCUAAUGGUUUGGCUAAAAUAGGGGACCUGGGGUGCGCAAAGUGGGCUCGAGAUGGACACGAAAUGGCUGGGACCCCUCUGUUCAUGGCUCCUGAGGUUGCUCGAGGAGAGAGACAAGGCCAGGAAUCAGAUAUCUGGUCUUUUGGUUGUCUCAUCAUCGAAAUGGCAACUGGGUUAGCACCUUGGCUCUACGGCUCAAGCCUAGGUGGGCUCGAUGGCUUGAGCCCAUUUGAGGCCAUGGCUCGAAUCGGGCGAGCCAAGAAUGGGCCUUGUGUACCUGACUGGUUAUCUACCCAGGCUAAGGACUUUCUGUCUAAGUGCUUGUGCUUAAACCCUGAAGAGAGAUGGAAUGCUGAGCAAUUGCAGGGACAUGGGUUUGUCAGAGAUGUUUCUCUCUCUAGCGUGCCUCCUUCCUUUCACGCUCCUCCUUCCCCUGUUUCUCUUGAUUUUGAAGAUGGGGUUUCUACCUCUCUCUCUCCUCCACCCAAAGAGGAAUGUGGAGUUUCUCUCUCUAACUCGCCCAAGAGUGUCCUGGCUCUUGAGCUAUGGAGCCUCUCUUCCUCUUCCUCUUUUUCUCUCUCUAGCUCUGUGAAGGAAAGAGAUUCAGAGAGAGGUGGAUGUGAGGCUUUUGCAUCAGAAAGAUUGAGGAAGUUAGCAGCAAAGGGAAAGCCCAAUUGGGAAAGAGACGAAGAAGAAUGGAUCACAGUUAAAAGUCAAUGGAAUCCACUUUCUCAGUGGAUUCGAUGAGAAUUACAAUUUUGACCCCCCUUUGGGAAGAGCGAGGGAACGAGGACACGGUAAAUGGCGGAAAAAAAAUUGUAAAUAAAUACGUACACAUGAGGUCUAAUUAUUUGAUUUAUUCAUUCAUUUAUUGGAUUGAAUUAUUUGGUGCAAAAGAUUAGUUAGUGUACAAGCUAAGUUAUAUUGAAGUUUUGAUUAAUGAGGGUC